UUAAAUUAAAUUUCAAUUAGUUGCCAGCAACAGUACACAAAUUUUCCUAUGAGCGUCAAAAAGGAAUCUAGAAGAUCUCUUAUAGAUCUAGAUAUCUAGACCUAAUAAUGGUGUUUCAUUAUAUAAUGCCGAUAAAGGCUAUCGAAAUUUAUUUAUCAUACAUACACAGUAAACUUUUAUAUGUCCCAGAACAAUACAGAAAAAGAUUUGUGGCAGCCAUCUUUCUACUUUAUCUCAUUCAUCUUGGAGUACAGCACAUCAACUUUUUAGCCAAUCUUUGGAAGAUCAGGAAACGUAAACAGUCUCUAAAACAACGAUGUGACAGUCUAACUCAUAAAUUAAAAGAUGUCAAGACUUCUCCAAAUAUGUUCAUUCCAUACAUGACGUUGCGUGACCUUUCAAAUGAAAUUCAAGACUCUAUCUUGAUGCCAGAAAUGGUCAUAAAUGCCUUCCAGCAACAGGCCUUGAACUGUAAUAAACAUCUAAAUGGGAUUGCUGACUUCAUCCCUCUUGAUUUAAAAGAAUUUGAAAAAAGGACAUCAGUCAAGAAAGAAUCCAUAGCAAUAACUAUUCCUGUCAAAGAAACUAAUUUAUUAGCUGCUCCUCCAACUUCAGGAUCAAUUUUUUACCAGAUGUACACCAAACUAUUUUCCUGCUUCAGUAACAAGGAAAGUGAAUGUUCCAGUAAAAACUUGAGUGUACAGGGAAAAUCCCUUUCAGUAAAAGAACUACAAAAUAUCAGACGCUAUUCUGUUUAUGGCAUUCCAAUUAGUUUAACUGAAAUUAUUCAUGUGAAGUCCCAUGAUUCCACUGCAGGUUUAAGUCUCAAUCUUAAUGUCAUGGUGAAAGAUGCUGUUAUUGUUAAGGUUCUCAAAUCUCAAGGUGCUAUUCCAUUUAUAAGAACAAAUGUACCACAGAUUGGCUUACAAUCGUUUGCAUCAUCAAAUCCAAUUUAUGGCACAACAGUUCAUCCAUUUGUUGCUGGUAGAUCUCCAGGUGGAGGUUCCAGUGGUGAAGGAUCACUGUUGGCCUGCAAAGGGUCUAUUCUUGGAGUUGGAACUGACAUCUCUGGGGGUAUCAGAAUACCAGCUCAUUUCUGUGGUGUGUGCGGUUUCAAGCCAACAUCCUGUAGGAUAAGCCAUAAAGGGUUAACAGUUCUCUCAGGACAAGAAAAAAUUCCUAUUUGUGUCGGACCGUUGUCCCGUAAUGUUGAGGGGCUUGUACGUUUCAUGCAUGCCACAUGUGUGCCACUGCACUUUGAGUUGGAUUGUAGAGUGACCCCAUUAGCUUUUGAUGAAGCGCAAUAUGAAAGUAAUAGGCUUUUGCAAAUUGGCUACUUUAUAGAGGACAGUUGUACAAAGUCUACACCAGCAGUUGAAAGAGCUGUACUGCUGGCUAAAACAUUGCUUGAAGCUCGUGGCCACAAGGUUGUCAAGUUUGACCCGCCUGACCUGAAGAUGAUGUUGACAAAACUGUUCCUCCCUGCAUUACUUGGCUCAAACUCUCAGGACAUUCAUUGUUAUCUGUACACAGAUAAAGUUGACUCAAGUCUAAGGAGCAGUUUCUAUACACCAUUCACACAUUACCCUGUUAGGUUCCUUUUCUCUUUCUUCUACAGGUUCAUGAAUAACCCUAUUGAUGCUGAUCUAAUGGCCAUCAAGUAUCCAGAGACUGUGACUGAUUGGUGGAAUUUGAUGAAAAACAUUGGGGACUUUAAACUUAGAUUCAUGAAAAAAUGGAAUGAAGCCAAAAUUGAUGCUUUACUUUGCCCAGUUCUUCCUUUUGCAGCUUUAAAACUUGGAAAUGAAAAAUAUUUUACUGGCUGUUUAACUUUUGCAACAUUAUUCAAUGUCUUGGACUUCCCAGCUGGUUGUGUCCCUGUAGCAGAAGUGGAGAAAUCAGACAAUGAAAAUCUAAAGAAUUCUAUGAAAUACAAGGUUUCAACUAAAUUGGAAAGGUUAAUUGUGGAGGAUCAAUUAGAUCCAAAGAUCACAAACAUUGGACUGCCAUUAGGUGUGCAGAUAGCUGCUCUGCCUUUUUAUGAUGAAUUAGUCCUUAGAGUAAUGAGAGAAUUAGAGGAAGCAGUUCAAGCAAAGUCCAAUGUAGACUAAACUCAGGGAUGUGACCAGUGACAUCUUGUGUCAUUAAAGUGAAACAGAUACAUCUAAUGGUGACAAAAAGUGAACUAGUAUAAUAAAGCAGACACUAAAUUUGAAUUUUGUAAAUGAAAAAACAAAAAAUAAACAUACUUAGUAUUUUCAUUUAUUUACAAACAAACAGCGUAUGGAUAUAGAAACCAUUUAAGAAAUGUCACAUACUGAAUGUUGAAUAAUAAAAAAACCCUACAAAACUUU